CAGAACGUUUACAAAUAAAACGUACUAAAAAGUUUUUGAAGCUUUAACUGGUUGUUCUAUCUAAACGAACCGUUCUAAAGAAUCGAUUCGCGGAAAUGAGUCGGACCACCUAACUCCUCAGGUGUGUGUUCGUGCCUCUCUCACAUUCUCCACCUGCUGCUGCUGCAUCCGGGAGCACAGUGACUGCAGAUCCAGCUGCUGUAAUCUUGCCCAGGAGGGAGCAUGAGUUAUCAAGUUCAAGAGUUAUUCCAUGAAGAUGUACAGGGUUCCCAGAGUAAUGCUCAGCCUUGGUGGAAGGUGCAGCUCUUCGUCUGGGAACCUGUUCUUUUUGGCACCUGGGAUGGAGUCUUUACUACCUGCAUGAUCAACAUUUUUGGGGUGGUGCUCUUUUUACGGACUGGCUGGCUUGUGGGUAACACAGGUGUGUUGCUGGGCAUGCUUCUGGUAUCCAUGGUGGUAUUAGUCGCCUUGGUUACGGUGAUGUCAGGCAUUGGCGUGUGUGAGUGUUGCAGCGUGGGUAACGGUGGGGUCUACUCCAUGAUCUCCACUGUGCUCGGAGGAAGGGUUGGAGGAACUGUGGGACUCUUAUAUGUGUUUGGACAGUGUGUGGCUGGAGCGAUGUACAUCACUGGUUUUGCCGAGUCCAUUGCGCAGGUGCUGAACUUACAGAGCAUGUGGGUGGUGAGGGGCAUCUCUGUGGCCGUUCUGAUUGGUCUGCUCGGGAUUAACCUGGCUGGGGUAAAAUGGAUUGUACGCCUUCAAUUGGUUCUACUGGGCAUAUUGGCUAUGUCCACUCUGGAUUUCGUCAUCGGGACAUUUAGUCAUCUAGACCCAGAGCAUGGAUUUGUUGGCUAUUCAGAGGAUCUGCUGCGUAAGAACACCCUGCCAGACUACACAGCUGCCGAGACUUUCUUCACCGUGUUUGGGGUUUUCUUUCCUGCGGCGACAGGUGUGAUGGCGGGAUUCAACAUGAGCUCUGAUCUCCAGAGGCCCGAGCACAACAUCCCCGUGGGAACUCUCGCCGCAGUCUGCAUCUCGUGGUUCCUGUAUCUCGUCUUUGUGUUCUUACUGGGAGCCAUUUGCACCAGAGAUGCGCUGCGCUAUGAUUUCUUAAUAGCAGAAAAGGUCUCCUUGGUUGGUUUCCUGUUUUUGCUGGGCCUCUACAUCUCCUCCCUGGCCUCCUGCAUGGGCGGCCUGUACGGUGCACCCAGGAUCCUCCAGUGUAUCGCCCAGGAGAGAGUCAUCCCAGCUCUCGGAUUUCUUGGGAAAGGGCGAGGGCCCAAUAAGACACCUGAGGCUGCCAUCUGUCUGACCAGCUUGAUCUCCAUGGCAUUCAUCUUUGUCGGCCAGGUCAAUGUACUGGCUCCCAUCGUCACCAUCAACUUCAUGCUAACCUACAGCAUAAUUGAUUAUUGCUAUUUCUGUGUGGUGAAAACCCAUGAGCUGCAGGUCCAGCAAAGGACGACGCUGAUCAGGAGGUCAAGCUCCAGAAGAUCACUGGUGUCCAGCACUCACCCCCAUUACGGCAGCAGUGGAGCCAUCAGUGAACCUGUGAACGGCACACUGCUGGAGUUCACCAAAGACAUGGACCAAAUAUUUCCAUCGCCCAGCACGGACACCGCUGAUCAACAGAGAGUUUCUCUUCCUGCCUCCAAGACCCGGGGCAGGAAGUCAAAGAUUCCAGCUAAAGAAACGCUGAUGAACAGUUUUGGGUUGGACUUGAACAGCAAUGGAGAAUUAGAUAAAGGAAAAGAUGAGAGGGAGCCGGAACAAACUAUUGGAUUAGAUGAUGAUACCAGCAGCCAGAUAGGACUGAUGGAGUUUGACCUUACAACAGAAGCCAAGAGGAAACAGUCUUUGCCUAAUUCUGGCCCAGUUGAACAGCUCCCAAGAGAACAGAUAGACAGAAAUGGUUCAGAAACAAAUCUUGAAGAAUCAGAAAUAAGAUCAAUCCAGGGUUCGGUCUAUGGCAGAUUUUGCAACCACUGGGUUUCGUUAGUUGGUGCAUUGUGCUCCUUUAUGAUAAUGUUCGUUAUCCAGUGGAUGUACGCCUUGAUUAACAUUACAGUCGCCCUUAUCCUCUUUCUUUACAUUGGAACAACAAGCCCAGGUUUGCCAACAGGUGCAGCAGCUCGCUUCAGUUUCUUCAGGUGGCUCAAGACCUCACUGCAGAAUUUGGGGAGGCGAGAUGGGGCCCUUCAGGACCAGAUUGUGGUGACACCCUCUUUGUCAGCUGUUGGCAUGGAAACCAGGCAGCUAACAGAGGAAAAUGCAGACUUUGCCUUCCGUGAUCGUUACCAUCACUCCUCCUUUAUCACCACCACAGACAAGAUUGUCCAUCCUCAGUCCAACUGAGCAUGUAACAACUGUGCCCUGCUAACCAGCUGGACUGCAAAAAGUGGACACAUGGGACUAAAUCAUCACUCACUUGAAAUAUAUAGGCUAUUUUAUUUACUGCAUUUGUCAGGUAGUACUCGGAGGACGGAGCUUUAUUUUCUGGAAAAUCUGAAGGAAACUAAUAAUGUUUAUCUGAAAAAUCGGGAAUGUGCAAUCAGAGUCAUGCAUUGUGAAUUAAUUUGCCGUGAAGAUCUUCUCUGCUGAAAUGCUUGUAUAAGGUUUAAUAUGCACCGUGGGCAUUUAAUUUUCAGAUUAUAAGUAAAUUUGGUCUUUUAUUUUUUAUUGACCUCACUGAGGUCACAAUACUCAGAAGUGUCAUGACCAUUCAAACUAGAACGUGCCCCCUUUCAACUUCCUGGCCUAGUUAAUUCUUCAAAAAUAACUUUUAACUACCAAAUAAUUUAUUUUUGAUUAUUGAAAUGCAAAAUUAAUAUAGCCUAGGUUUAAUAUGCAAACCUAUUUGCAUGCUGCAUGUCUGUUUACAUGGCAGUCAAGUUGCAGCUUCUGCAGAUCAGUUGCACUAAACAGAAGAUCUGUCUCUUCUGCUCACCUUCAUGUUCAUGCACCGAACUCACUAGACUUUUUUUUUUUUCUCGGUGGAACAAAAGUGAUUUAGCAUGAGAAUCAAAAUCUGUUAUUUCCAUACUGUGAAACUACAUGGUAAUCUGUCAAUACCGAACUCUAAUGAUUGUAUGCAAGGUUGGGAUUUGAGCCCAGGUCCCCUUGCUUUCUAAAAGAAGUCUACCAUGACAGUAAAGUGCAAUUUACA